AUGAGCGGUACAUCAGCUGGGGUUAAGUCUAAAUCCUAUCUACCAAACUCUCUGAAUUUCCAAGAUCGUGAGAUAUAUAAGAUUGGUUUCACGGCUUUAGAUUGUAUGCGAAGAGACGGAAAACUAUGCGACGUCACUUUGAUUGCGGAUAAUAAUCGCUUCACGGCACACAAGAUUGUUUUGGCUGCUACCAUACCAUUCUUUAAUGGAAUGUUUUUAAGUAACAUGGCUGAAUCUACUAAAAGCGAAGUCACCAUUCACGGACUUGACGCUUGUGCUUUAGAAGCAUUCAUUGGUUAUGCUUAUACUGGCCUAGUUCAAAUCAAUCCUCGUAAUGUUCAAUCAAUCUUAAUCGGGGCCAACUUUUUACAGCUUAACAAUGUUCGUAACAUCUGCUGCAGAUAUAUCAGUGAAAGAUUGACUGUCGACAUAGUUUUACCGAUGAGAAAUCUAGCUCAAAGCUUUCUAUGUACAGAGUUGGUAUCUGCUUGUGAGACAUACAUCUACAAAAAUUUCGAAGAUAUCGCACGCACAGUUUCAUUUUUUAAUCUUGAAGGAUGUGAAUUAAUGGAAUUACUGGAGUCAGAUGAACUGAAUGUCAGCAGUGAGGAACGCUUAUUCGACAUAAUUAUGUCUUGGGUUGAAUUUGAAACAAAACCUAAUCCUGAUACUGAAACGAAUUCUGUCAUAUCAGACUCUGUUAAUGUAAUUGAGCUACCUGAAAAUUAUGAUGGUAAUUUCCAUUCGAUAAAACCGUCUGUUUCAAGUGAAAUUGGUUAUCAAAAUUCGUGUUGUAAUGGUUCUUUACAUUCUACACAUUAUUCUCAUAGUUCUCAUUGUUCUACACAAAUAUUCAGUAGCAAACCCCGCACUGACUUUCUUCCAUGCCUUCUUAGGCGAAUCAGACUACCUCUAAUUCCAGUUAACUACAUUUUCUCAGUUAUUUCGCGGCAUGAUCUUAUUCGAAAGGAUAUUCGUUGUAGAGAUAUUCUAGAUGAAGUACGUGAUGUACUGCUUAUGUCGUGGAAGACGUCGGAAUUCUUUAAUUGUCGACCUAGAAGAUGUCAAGAUAUUUUCGGUGUUAUUUAUGCCGUUGGAGGUUGGAAUGCAGAUCUAGAAUGUCAUGGGAUUGUGGAGAUUUAUCAUCCCUCACUUGGUCGUUGGGAAUUAUCAGAAAGUAUGAUAUCUAAGCGUAGUCGUAUUGGUGUGGUUGCUUUGAAGGGACUAUUGUACGCUAUUGGAGGUUUUGAUGGAAAUUCUCGCUUACGUACAACUGAAGUAUAUAAUCCAAAAACCGGAAAAUGGGCAACUGUUGCUUCAAUGAUUUGUCGACGUAGUGCUGCAGGAGCUGCUGCUUAUGAUGGAUGUUUGUAUGUUUGCGGUGGUUUUGAUGGUCAAACAUCUUUACGUACAUGUGAGAUGUAUAUUCCAGAACAAGAUACAUGGAAGUUAAUAUCAAGCUUGAAUGAACCCAGAUCCGCUGGUGGUCUUGUUGCUCUCAAUGGUCGUCUUUAUGCUAUUGGUGGACACAAUGGUUUAGCUGUUUUUUCGACAGUUGAAUGCUAUGAAAAAGGUGGAGAUUUACGUAGAACACUUCCAUCCUCUCGUUUCGAAAAUGAUCAUCAGAAUAAUGGUAUUCGUCAAAAUCCUACUAAUGUAUGGUAUUCAGUAGCUAGUAUGUUACAUCGGCGAUGUCGACAUGGCUCGACUGCGUUUCGUGAUCGUAUAAUUGUUGCCGGUGGUUAUGAUGGUGCUUCAUUCCUACAAAGUGUUGAAAUGUUCGAUCCUACAACUGGUCCAGAUCGUAAUGGUUUACAUGGUCAAUGGACUGAAAUUUCAUCUUUGUCAGUUCCUCGUUCUCGAGUUGGAUUGGCUGUAACUGCGGGUUGUUUGUAUGCAAUAGGUGGUUAUGAUGGUAGUGCUCAUCUACGAACAGUUGAAUGUUUCAAAUCUCCUAUUAAACAAAAUCCCUAUGCAUUAUCAAGUAAUGUUUUACAAUCAAAAUGUAAUACAUUGUCUAAUUUAUUGAAUAAACCUAAUAUUUCUGACAAUUAUAACAAUCAUGUUGAUGGUGAUGAUGACGAUAAUAAUGAUGAUGGUAUUUCUUGUAAUCAUCAUCCAUGUUCUAUGAACUCUGAUUUUGAGUCUAUUUCCUCAUGCAACUCAUCUGAAGCGGUUACAUUUGUUGGAACAACACAAAAUCGGAAAACUAUGACUCUAGAAAACUCAAAACCUAAGCUAAUUAGUCAUAAACCAUCUAUUCCGUCCGCUUCAGUUAAAGUCAAUUGUAAUGGUGGGACUUCCACACUAUCCUCCGUCAUCUCAUCUUCUUCUAAUCCUUUCGCUGAUUGGAAAUGGUCAUCUGGACCUUCAUUAAUUGCGCAUGAAGGAUGGGUUGGUAUAUGUGUUCUUCCUUUUGGCCAGUCAUCUUCAGUCCAUUAA